CUUCCAAUUUAGCUUCCUACGUUUUAGCGUAUUCUCGUUUCUGCUUCUUUUGUGAUUUUUAAGUUUUUGUUUGUUUGUUUUUUUGCCCCUUUUAUUCACCUCUCGUCUGUUUUAUUUUUUAAAAUAUAAUGCGGCUGUUCUCUGAACACACAUCGAAAAACCUGCUUUUUACAAAACGAUUUUGGCUAACGGCUUACUGCUAGUCUUUUUUGUUGCUUUCGGUGAUUAUGGGUAAAUAAAAUAAAUAUCCGGAUAAAUGCGCCUGCCGUCGAUGAGAUAUCCUGCUCAAGUCCAAGAGGUGUAUGUGCCCUGGGUGCAGCCUGGCCUGUGCUGUGGUGGUGAUGAAGAAACCAGAAGCUGUGGAGAGCUGUCGGCUGGACGGCCUGCUGGAAGCUGCGCUGGUCAGGGAGGCUCGUCUCUGGAAGGUUCCCGUCUUCAAGGCCGACUGCAUCCAGGGUGCCGACAUCUCUUCAUCCCAACACCAAGACGUCAUCAUUUGGCUCGGAGACAUGAACAGGCUGUUGCACUUCUGUCCAGAGACCUUUGCGCUGGCAGUCUGUGUCCUUAAACGCCUACUGUCAACAGUCAAGGCUCAACCAAAAUACCUGAAGUGUAUUGCAUUUACCUCGUUGGUGCUGGCUGCCAAAAUCAAUGAGGAAGAUGAGGCAAUAGGUUCUGUUAAAGACCUGGUUGUGCAGAGCGGAUGCAACUUUUCAACAGCGGAGAUUGUUCGCAUGGAGAAGAUCAUUCUUGACAAGCUGCACUGGGAUCUGUAUACCGCAACAGCAGUCGACUUCAUUCACAUAGUAAGUUACAUUUCAGCACACGCACGGCAAACACAAUGAUCCUGGAGUCAGAGCUGAAUAUUCAAACGUGCCUCAACCUGAGCUCACUGGACUUUGAGAUGAUUUGUGAACUCAGGACU